ACAGAGGCGAAAGGGAGACGGGAGUCAAAGAAAGAGAAGAAAAAGAAGGAGAGAGGAGGACGGUAAGGCUGCUCAGAACUGAAAUGCCCCUGGCUUUGUGCAGAACUGGCAGGACUCUCCCUUCCAGGUGCCCGGAGGGACCCGGGGAAGUCCUUCUGCCCCGAGCUCCUCCCCCGGGACCCCAGGGGUGUCUGAGCGGCGGCUGCCGCUCCCCCACAAAUUCCUCGUGGCAACGAGAGGAAGCGCGCCAGGUCUCCGCCGUCCCUUCAGUGCCCCAGCUGAUAAUUUACCUCUUUGUCUUUAAUAAAAAGCUGACUUUCUCUGUCAAGCCCUGCGCGGGGAAAAUAACAAUGGUAUUUCAGGUUGAAAGCCCCUAUUACCGCUGGGUUUUGGAGGCUGUGAUAAAAAUCUUCCUCGACGUGAAGGUACCUUCUGGGUUGGCUUGGGUCGGAAGUCCUAAGAUGGGGGCCGCCCUUCCCCGGGGGCAGGGUCGCACGGAACCAGGCGGUGGGGAGGGAAGAGGAAGCGCCGAGGUCAGAGGAAACCCAAGGCUCCUGGGGCACCAAAGGGCUGCCCGCAGUCGGGAUGAGCCCUGGGGAGGAGCCUUUUGCGAGAAUGCGAGCGCGCCCCAACACGCCUCAGACCUCGUAAACCCACUUGGCAAAGACCCGGGAAGCGGCUGGCGGACCGACUGCGGUGAACUCGAGAAAUUAACCUGCGCUACAAUUAAACGGGCUGCCGCCCUUUCAGACUCACCUCCAACGACCGAACAGAGAGCUCCCGAACCGGCCGCGGGGGGACCUGGCUCCUCCCUCCCGUCCCAGGAGAAGAGGACAAAAAGGGGAGAUGGACUUGGAGAUGGCCCCGCCCUUCAAACGCUCCAAUCCUUGGAAACUAAACCUCCUCUCCAAGCCUCCACGUCUAGAAGGGACAAAGGCAGCGAGGAGCUCCAGAGACCGAUGGGUGGCUUUCGGGCUUCUCAUGUGGGUGCACUGGGGGAAAGGUACAAUGGCUAA